UGAUGAAUAUCUUAAUAGUACAAUAGACACACCGAAUGAUGGCACUUUGGAGAGACGAAAACGCAAUGCACCCCACGGCAAGUUGAGAGUGUGCUCUAGCGAACAUCUCUAUGUGGCAUAUUCUACUGGUUUUAAAGCUAGUUACAUUAAAGAACCUGUCGCUAUUAUUGCUCAGGGACAUAUCAUACAAAAAAUAGAAGAAGACGUGUGUAACCCCGAUGAAUCCUGCUUCUUCCUUAAUGAUUGCAUGUGUAACAACGAAGAACGACUGGCCCACGUUAUCGUUAUCACAAGAGAUGGAUUUAUUUCCUCCACAGUCAAAGUUCGGGCUUGUGUAGCAAGACGACAGUAGCAGGCCCGUAGCGUGACUUAAUUUGUGGGAGGUUCGUUUCAGUGGAAAGUGGACCCUUUGGCUUGUAUGAUCUCCGAUACUCUGGAGAAUAAAUCUACCAAUAUAAAUUUUUCGUUACGGGUCUGAGUAUACUGUAUCUAAACAAUAUUCAAGGUCCUUUUACAUUAUGACGAAAAUAUAUAAACUUUGAAACAAGCAAAUAUUUAAAAUUAUGAAAUAAUUGUCAAGUGAUUAACAGGAUGCUCGUAGCUCGUUAUCAUCGUCGUCGUCACUGCAAUUGUCGCCGUUAUUUUCACCCAUGAU